GUCGCGGAGGUCUAAUGAUGGGGCUAGGACGCGAUUGGCUUGGUGCCUGAGGCCCGAUAGCGGACGUGGAGAGUUGCACCUUUCCACGCGGGAAUUUUGAGAAGGACAACGGACAGUCAUUGUUGGUGUUUGGAGGCAUUGCAGGGCGCGUUAGGUCAAUUGGAGAUCUGUGCACGCACAACGGCUUGGAGUUAUAUACCCCUGAGUACUCAAGCUCGUUGGUCGCGGCCUCAUUAUGUCUCUCGCACGCCCAAACUCUCGCUUCCUCGCCCGCACGAACCGCAUCUUUGCGUCGCAAACACGAGGCUACGCAGCACCUGGCGAUGGCUCGAUUCCCGCUGCUAAGAAGAAGUACAUACCCACGAACGGCACGUAUCCUCUCGGUUUCAAGGCUGGAAGUGCACAUGUUGGCGUGAAAGCUUCAAACACGCGCUUCGACGACCUCGCACUCAUUGCGUCUGAUUCACCAUGCGCCGGUGCUGCAGUGUUCACGACCAACAAGUUCCAGGCCGCACCUGUCACAGUCAGCCGAGACUUGCUGAAAAGUAGGAAUGGUGAAGGCAUUAGAUCGGUCAUCAUCAACAGCGGGUGUGCCAAUGCUGUCACCGGAAAAGGUGGCAUCGAGGACGCGACGUUGAUGGGCAGGGAGACCGAUCAGGCCUUCAUCAGGGACAACAACGGCGAGCAUGAUGGCCAAAGUCGAAGCAUAGUCAUGAGCACUGGUGUUAUCGGUCAGCGACUGCCCAUUCAGAAGAUUGUCUCGAAGAUCCCCUCCGCAUACUACAACCUCGGAGACACACACGAGCACUGGCUGGGCACUGCCAAAGCUAUCUGCACCACCGACACGUUCCCCAAGCUCGUCUCGAGAUCUUUCGCACUACCAAGCAGUCAGGAGGAGUACCACAUCGCCGGCAUGACCAAGGGCGCAGGCAUGAUCCACCCCAACAUGGCCACCUUGCUAGGUGUAAUCUGCACCGACGCGCCCAUCUCCGCCGGCCCCCUUCAAAAGGCACUUACAUCCGCCAUCACCAAGUCUUUCAAUAGCAUCUCCAUCGACGGCGACACAUCGACCAACGACACCGUCGCUAUCCUCGCCAACGGCGCAGCUGGCGGUAAGCCCAUCGACAGCACUUCAUCGCCCGACUUCGAAGCCUUCCAGGCAACGCUCACCGACUUCGCUAUCGAUCUUGCUAAGCUCGUUGUCCGUGACGGCGAGGGCGCAACGAAGUUCGUCACUAUCCGCGUCACCAACGCCGCAACCUACAAGGACGCGCACCGCGUCGCCUCGACCAUUGCUCGCUCGCCACUCGUCAAAACCGCAUUGUACGGUAAGGAUGCAAACUGGGGCCGCAUUCUGUGCGCGACUGGGUAUGCUGAGAAUGUCGACGGUGUGAUUCCGGAGGAGACGAGCGUUAGCUUCAUUCCUAGCGAUGGUAGUGAGGAGCUGAAGCUGUUGGUGAGGGGUGAGCCGGAGCAGGUCGAUGAGGAGAGGGCGGCGAAGAUACUGGAGGCCGAGGAUCUGGAGAUUAAGGUGCAAUUGAGUGAGGGCAAGUACAGCGAGGAGGCGGUGUUCUGGACGUGCGAUUUCUCGCAUGAGUAUGUCACCAUCAAUGGAGACUACCGUACAUGAGAACUGCAAUGAUGCCUGGAGAAGAGUUUGUAGCUGGCCACGUCGCAAAGCGUUGCUGAGCCUUCCAAUCAUCACACUUGCACCCAAUUGUCUCCAUUCGACAGUCCCACUCGAGCGCAGCCGUUCACACAUUGUCGUCCCUAAUUCAUCUACCUUUCUCACCGCUUUGGGGUUUUGAGUUUCGAUGAUACAUCAAGAACGGACUCAACUAAGCAAUUUGCUCUAGGUCGAGUCGAAGCUUGUCCGCUUCAGCAGAAGCUGCAAUGAAAUUCCACACUACACACGAUGAGCUCAACUAAUUUCUCUAGAAUGAGUCUGCCACCCAACAGCACAUGUAGGCGGACUACAGCUAACCCUAA